AUGGAACCAAGAGCUAUCUAUCUGCUGAUGCUCUGCUGUUUCAUUCAUGUCUGUGAUCUUAAUCCACACAACCGACCCAGUAAUGGACUCAGUGAGUGUCGCAAAAACUUUUCUUUAACAGCAUUGGAGGUUCUACCAGGUGGCGGUUGGGAUAACCUGCGUAACAUAGACAUGGGACGAGUGAUGAACCUGAGCUAUUCCCAGUGCCAGACCACUGAAGAUGGUGUUUAUUUCAUUCCCGAUGAAGUCUUUGUCAUUCCACAGAAAGAGAGCGGAGUAGAAACAAACUCUGAAAUCAUCAUGUCUUGGCUGGAGGAGAAAAGCUCAACUUCACGCUCCAUCAAUGCAGAUGCAUCGUUUCUCUCUAUGAUCAAUGGAAAAUUCUCAGAAGAAAACCAACGUAUGAAAACCCACCAAGUGAAAGAGAAUUCGGUAACAGCUCGGGUUCAAGUACAUAAUCAUCUGUAUACAGUGAAGGCAUUUCCUAAUUUCGCUCUGGACUCUUCCUUUGCUCAACAGGCCAUGGAAAUUGCUGACGCUAUUGAGAACAAUCAAACACGUCAAGCAACUUACCUGUCAGAGAAACUUAUUCUUGACUAUGGUACUCAUGUUAUCACAAGUGUUGAUGCCGGUGCCACUUUAGUGCAGGAGGACUAUCUGAAAAAGUCUUUUGUCUCUAACAGUCAGUCACAGAUGUCUUCUGUCUCAGCAUCAGCAGGCUUGAACUUUUUUGGCAAAGUAAAAUUUGAUACUGUUGGCAACAAUAAUCCCAGCAACAGUUAUCAGGGCAACAUCACAUAUUCUUUAACCCAGAGUCAUGGAGGGACUUUAUUUUACCCAGGCAUUACCCUACAGAAGUGGCAGGAGAGCACGCUCAAUAAUCUGGUGGCUAUUGAUCGCUCUGGACUGCCACUAAACUUUUUUCUCAAUCCAUUAACAUUUCCAGACCUUCCAGAGCCAAUAGUUACUGAACUAGCUUUGUUAGUUUAUAAGGCUGCAGAUCGUUACUACAAAGUAAACACAAUUCCAGGUUGUGUUGAUCCAGAUUCAACAAAUUUUAAUUUCCAGGCAAAUGUGGAUGAUGGAUCUUGUGAAGGUCCGGUCACUAAUCUUAACUUUGGAGGUGUUUACCAAACAUGCACUCCAUUGACAGUAGAUGGAAAUAUCAUCUGCAAUGAAAAGACUCAAAACAAUCCAGCCACUGGUGGUUUUUCAUGUCCUCAGCCGUACACUGCAACCAGAUUACGCUCUGAGACAAUAGAAGAUGAGGAUUAUCGUGCUGAGUGCAGGAAGAAAUGUCGUUCAUGUGGUUUUUUAUGGCUGUCUACAUGUUGUGAUGAAAAAUGUAGUGAUAUCUAUUUUGUCCAUCGUGCAAAAAUUGACACAUACUGGUGUUCCACAACUCAGAAAAUCCCUGAUAAUUCUAUGUAUCUUUUUGGAGGUUUAUUUGGACCUUCUUUGCAAAAUCCGUUUACCAAAUCCAGGAGCUGUCCUGCAAAUUUCUUUGCUCAAAACUUUUUGUCUAAUGGCAUGAUGAUUUGUCUGAGCAAGGAUUAUACGACAGGAACAAAAUCCUCAGUACCUUUUGGUGGUUUCUUUAGCUGUCAGGCUGGCAAUCCUUUUGCUCAGAGUCAGUCUCGCUGUCCACCUCAGUUCAGCCAACAAUUAGCUGCCAUUAGUGAUGGUUGUGAGAUAUUGUACUGCGUCCAGUCAUCCGUGUUCACUGGUGGAGAUUUAAAGCCUGUUCACCUUCCACCUUUUACAAAGCCACCACUGAUCAGCAUGAAUGCAACAAACACUGUGGCUGUAAUGACAGAAGGCGAUCGGUCCUGGGUGAGAGUUAAAGGAACUAAGACAUGGCGACUGGCAAAACCAGAUGAAAUUCAAAUGGCAUUAAUGCUCGACACAUCUGGAGGAGAGAAGACUGUUCUAGCCUUUAAUGCAAUGAUUGUUUUAGUAGUAGGAGCAUUUAUUUUGUAA